AUGGUACCUCUAUUAUAUUUUAGGGAAAUAAUCGGGAACUAUGCUGAUGUGAUAUUUGCAAAUAGUGAUGAAGCUAGAGCCCUAUGUAAUUUUUCAUUGAAGGAAAGCCCUGCCUCUGCAACAAGAUAUCUAAGCCAUUUUGUCCCACUCGUGUCUGUAACCGAUGGUGCUCGUGGGUCCUACAUAGGAGUCCGAGGAGAAUCCGUAUACAUACCUCCAUCACCUUGUGUACCAAUAGACACGUGUGGAGCAGGAGACGCCUACGCAUCAGGUAUUUUAUACGGUUUAUUAAGAGGAGUAACAGAUAUGAAAGACAUGGGUGCAUUAGCAGCUAGGAUUGCAGCUGUUGUUGUUGGACAACAGGGUACUCGGCUUAGGGUUCAAGACGCUGUUCAAUUGUCCGAGUCAUUUUCUUUCCAUCUCCAAAACUCCACGAUUUGA